AUGGCCAAGCACGGCUGGAAAGAAGGACAGUCUCUCGGCAACCGCAACAGCAUCCAUGUGGGGAUUAGCGACGUUGAUAGGCUUGCGGCCGCCCGUGUCGGUGUGCUAUUCAAAGACGAUAAUCUAGGACUCGGGGCCAAGAGAAAGAGCAAGGACGUGGAAGCCCAACGGACCGGUCUAGACGCCUUCCAGGGGCUCCUAGGCCGACUGAACGGAAAAAGCGACGCAGAGCUCAAAAAGCAGGAGCAAAAGGUCGAGGAUCGCAAGUUGGCAAUGUACGUCCGUGGCCGGUGGGGUGGUAUGGUCUUCGUCAGGGGAGGUGUUCUUGUUGGCGAUCGUCAAAAGGAGGAGACGGUCAACAAGGCCGGCGAAGACGAGAUUAAGAUGGACGGUACGGACGGUGAUGGUGAUGGCCAAGAUGCAGAGCUUGGGGACAAGGACGAGCAAAGACGGGAAGAAGAAAAGAGACGGCGCAAAGAAGAAAGGAGAAUACGGCGGGAAGAGAAGGCGUCGAGAAAGGCGGCGAAGAAAGCAAAGCGAGAAGCACGAGAAGGCAACGACAAAGAUAGCGAUGCUGAACAGAUGUCGACCCCGGCAGUUCCAGUGCACUCCCACAAGUCUCCUCUCACCCGAGCAUCGGAUGAACCUGUUUCGUCAGCUGAUUCGGCGAGCGAGACCGAGGCCGCCGGACAGAAGCGGAAGCGUGGACGGUCGUCGACCACGAUUGCCGAAAAAACUCCUGCAGAGGGCCAGCGACAGAAGUCAGUGUUGGGAGAUAUGAAUGUCACGCAACAGCAGCAGUCGGGAACGAGCGUGAGGCCUGCGACCACGAAGCUGAACCUGAAUCUGAGGAAUGGUCGGCACUUGCUCCGAGGUCGAAAUAUCCAGGCUAAGAAGAUGGCGUUUUCGGAUCUCAAGGGCUUAGACGAGAUUUUCAUGCGGCCGGGAUGA